AUGGCCUCUGGCAUGAACAGGAUUCAUCAGCCCGGGACUUGCAAUGGAUCUAAAGUCGCUCGCAGGAGCUCGGCAGAUGAAUGCAAUCAAGAAAUGCACAUUAAAAUGUGCAAGAAGAUUGCCCAGCUCACCAAGGUGAUAUAUGCCCUGAACACUAAGAAUGAUGAACAUGAGGCUAGUAUACAGGCUCUGAGAGAGGCUCAUGAAGAAGAAAUUCAGCACAUUCUUGCUGAGACAAGGGAAACGAUUCUCCAGUGUAAAAGCAAAGUUGAAGAAGAACAAUUGCUGAGAAAACGUAUUCAGGCCCUUGAAAUUGCAGUAGAACAACACAAGAGACUAAAGGAAGAAGCCUUGGCGGAGUUAAUGUUGUGCAAAAAGCAGGUGGAAGAGAGGGAGCCGAGAACAGAAGCAAAACAAGCACAGAUGGUCCUUUCUACAGAGGUGGUAAAUACCAAUGCAGACUUUGAAAACAGGCUUCUACGUUUAAAUCAGGAGUCUGAUGGACUGUUAAAUGAAUGCAAAGCAUCUAGGAGAGCAAAUUUAGAUAAAAAAGUAAUUUUAGAUGAAAAAUGCAGUGUGGAAGGACAAGUUCUAAUAAAUGCAAUGGAAAACCUGAAGAGUGAGAACCAGAGUGCAACUGAAGAAUAUACUCAGAAAACAAGCAAACUGCAAGUCUCUUAUGAGAGAGUAAAAGAAGAUUUGAAAAAUGCUAUGCAUCAAUCUAUGAUAGAAAAAAAGAAGAAUUGUCAGCAAAGAGAAAUGGAGCAAAGGAAGAGCUCAGAGACUGAGGAACGGUUUUUGCUGGAGCAGGUAAAGAAGCUGGAAGCAGACCUAGAACAGAAAAGCCAGAAGAUAAACGAGAGGAAGAAGCAUUCCCAGAAGCUGAAGGAGAGAAUACAGAAAUGUGAAGAGAACAGCAAGCAGGAACAAAUGCUAGCAAUGAGUAUUUACAGAGUACAUUCUCCAGUUGUGGUUGCCAACAGCUCAGUGCAUGGUUAUGAACAGGAAGAUAUGGAAAUUACAUUGAAUUCCCAAAGCAAAGCUAUUAAUGAAGUAGAUGAACUGAAACAUCAAAUAACACAGCUGCAGCAAAUGACUUCUACCAAACAGAGCCAGAGCAAGAGCAGCUCUGAAGAUGUGAAAGAGCUUGAACAGGAGCUCCAGACACAGCUAGAGGAAUUUAAAAGAAAAUCUGAGUGUGAACUAAAGCAACUAGAGAAAGAGAAAGAAGUCCUAGCUGGGAAACUUCAAAACUCUUCACUUGAGGUGGCUAAGCUGAAGCAAAUAUUAGAUCAACAAGCAAAUAAUUUCAAGGAAUCACUGAAGAAACAUGAUCUACAAUCCAGCAAAGAAAAAGAGAAGCUUUUGCAGGAUCUUCAAAACAUCAUUAAAGAAAACCAGAAUGUUAAACUGCAGCUGGAGACAUCACAUCAAAAAGUCUUAAAAAUGUUGGAGAAAAGCAAAAAUCAGGAACUCAAGGAGGCAGAAGAACGUUUGAAAAAGGAAUUUAAUGAGGCUUUCAAGAUCCAACAUCAGUCUCAUAGGCUGGAAAUACAAAAUUUGGAAGAGAAAGCAAAGAAAGAAUUGCACGAUGAACUUGAGCAGAUACAGAAGCAGCAAACCCUAUUGCUAGGAUCUCUAAGGAUGGAACUCUCUGAGCAACAGACAUCAUGCACGAAUCUCAAGAAACAAAUAGAAGAACUCCAAAUGGAGCUGAGGAGUGUGAGGACCCUGAAGAAGCAACAGGAAGGAAGUAGCCAGAGCCAGAUCAGAUCUCUUCAUGAUGAACUGGAAAAUUGUCAGAAUGAAAUUUCCAAACUCAAGAAAGAGAAUUUACUUUUGAAGGACACAAUGGAGCUACUCAGUGCUGAGUUGGAGUCACAGAAGCAAGAAGCUGCACAGCUUCAGGAUAGGGAGAAACAGCACAGAAGUACCAAUGAAAGGCUACUGGUAGAAGACCUCAGUAUGAAGCAUAAAAAAGAACUGGACAUACUGAAACAAGAUCACUGGAAGGAAACUGAAAAUGUAUUACCUGAUUUCAGCAGCACUCAGGCACAUCUCCAAGCAAAGAUUUUAUCCUUAGAAACUAAACUUAAAGAAUUGGAAGAAAAGUCAAGAAAGUGGGAGUCUGGAUCAGAAGAUACACACCUUAUAGGCUGUCUGGAAGACAAAUUAAGUGAGAGAGAAGUGAUUAUCAAGCAGCUGGCAGAAGGAAGAAAAUUUCAGCAUUCACUUUUAGCCAGCACUGAAUCUUACAGGAACCGAUCAUUUUCUUUCAACCCCAAUACAGCAUGCUUGACUCCUUCCAUGAAGCAGAAGAAAACGGUUGAGGUGCCCAGUCGUGUUGUCAGUGUUCCAAAUUUAGCUUCCUACGCAAAGAGCUUUCUGAGCUGUGACUUGAGAUCAAAAAGAAGUACUCCUCAAAUAACAAAAUCUACAAGCUUAGACCGGAGUCCUGGCUGCCUCAGGGUGGGUUCUCCAUCAGCACAGUCCUCAGACAGCUCUGCUGCCACAAG